UGGUACCUCUUUUGUGAAGCGGCAGCUGAGGAGACUCCAGUGCUCACCAUGGCUGAUGAAAAGCCCAAGGAAAGAAUCAAGAUGGAGAACAAUGACUGUAUUAAUUUGAAGGUGGCAGGGCAGGAUGGUUCCAUGGUGCAGUUUAAUAUUAAGAGGCAUGCACCAUUUAGUAAACUAAUGAAAGCCUACUGUGAAGGACAGGGUUUGUCAGUGAGGCAGAUCAGGUCCCAAUUUGAUGGGCAGCCAAUCAAUGAAACAGACACACCUGCACAGUUGGAAGUGGAGGAUGAAGAUGCAAUUGAUGUGUUCCAACAGCAGACAGGAGGUGUCUACUAAAGAGAAAACCUGCUACUUUACUCCAGAAUUCUGUUCCUCCAGACCAAGAAGACGUUCUCAAUUAGAAUACCGCAAUUUGGUUCCACCACAUCCUGACUAUUACAGUAUAGUUUCUCUAUUCUUUCAUUAUGCCCUUCCCCAUUCCUUUAUCGUACAUAAAGUAACUGGUGUA